UAUCUCAAUUCGUAGUAUCAAAUUGUUUUUGUCUUCUGGAAUUGCGCCUUCAUAGUUCAUGUGUGCCGCCGUCCUACUGUCUUUCUCACGCCGCCCUAGAUCACUGGAGAACCGACCUCUCAUAUAGCAAUCACCAACCUUACAUAUAUACCUCGAGCUCUCCUCGGAUGUUCUACUUUCUUGAAGCGCAAGACGUAGCGUGUGGAGCAGAAGCGACUGCGUAUACAAGGUCCGAUUCGUGCCGGACGACCGUCUACCCAAUCUUGCUGGAGUUGAACCCCAUUAGAGCAAUAUCUUCACGCCAGAAGCACAGCCUACACAAAAGAUGCCAUAUUAAUCGCAUGAAAGAUGUUAGGUCGUUGCCCGAGAAAGACUCCUCACGUCUGAAAGCCGGUGCUAAGUCCUUGUCACUUGCUGGGGAUGUGCCUUAUCGAUGCGGGAAAAAGCGGGCUUAUAUAAUCAAAGCUCGGAGCUUCAUUAUCCGCUGCUAUGCUAGUCGUUGCAACCACUACCAGACGAGUUCCUCGCUUGUUCCACCCUCAGAGCUCUUAUCACGGUUUACAAGCACAUUCUGCUGCUUCACAAGCCCGCCAACACUCACAUAAACAAGUCUUGUUCACCAUCCUCCCCGCUUAGCACUCUUGGCCCUGCAGUGUUCCCCGCUCCCCAGCCCCCAUUAGAGCAGAAAACAGCAACAAACGAACCACCGGCACGUCAUUGAAAGGGAAGCGUUCCUGCCGCUCACCACGCUAUGGCUCAACAAGGAAGCUCGCAAACAUCCCCAUGGACUCGCGUAUGUUGCUGUUCGAAAGAAGUCGACUUCUCGUAGCCGUCCGCAUCCUCCGCCUGCUGGCUAUCUGGGCCAUGCUCGUACAUAAGUAGUGGGAAUCUCCCGCUAUGGCAGCGCACAAUCACAGCUUCUCGCUCGCUUCAGAGAGUGUCAAUCGUUGAGAUGGCUUUCCUUGGAACUUCGUUGAUCGCCGCUCUUGCAGCUUUGAGCGGGGUUGCGAAAGCUCAAUUCCCCCCUCAACCUACCGGUGUUACGGUACUGGAAUCGAAGCUUUCAGAGGGAGUGAGGAUUUCGUACAAGGAGAACGAGAUCUGCGAAACCACCCCCGGCGUUCGCUCUUACACCGGCUACGUACACUUGCCUGUCGGAUCGCUCGAUGACCUCGGCGUACGAAAUCAGUCCUACGAGAUCAAUACCUUCUUCUGGUUCUUCGAGUCGAGAAAGGACCCCGAGAACGCGCCGCUGUCAAUAUGGAUGAACGGAGGUCCCGGAAGCAGCUCUAUGCUGGGCUUGAUGCGAGAGAACGGCCCUUGCUAUGUCAAUGCCGAUUCGAACUCUACAUACUUGAGUGAAUGGGCUUGGAACAACGAAGUCAAUAUGCUUUACCUCGAGCAACCGGUUCAAGUUGGCUUCAGCUACGAUACCCUCACGAACGUCACAGUCUCCACAUCCACGUCCGAUGUCGAAGUGGCCGAUUUCUCGAACGGCGAUAUCCCAGAGCAGAACAACACGUUCUACGUCGGCACAUACCCGAGUCAGAACCCCAACAUGACAACGCGAGGCAGCGAAGACUCUGCGCGGGCCAUGUGGCAUUUCGCGCAGACGUGGUUCCAGGAGUUCCCCGGUUACAAGCCCAACGACAACCGAAUCUCUAUCGCUACCGAAAGCUACGGAGGACGAUACGGACCAGCCUUUGCUGCGUAUUUUCAGGAACAAAACGAGAGGAUAUUGAAUGGGACAUGGAGUAAAGAGGGUCAAACCCAUAUUCUUCACCUGGACACCCUGUUCCUCAUCAACGCCUGCGUUGAUCGUCUGGUGCAGUGGCCCGGCUAUCCAAUGAUGGCUUACAACAACACAUACGGGAUCAAGGCAUACAACGAAUCAAGAUACGAGCAGGUCAUAGAUGCGCUCUACAACAGCACGGGCUGCCUCGUGCAGAUUGAAGAAUGUCGGAACUUGAGUCUGCUCUACGACCCCACCAACCAAGGUUUCAACACAUCCGUCAACCGCGUUUGUCAACGGGCGGAGACGUUCUGCUCCGAAUACAUUCGCGACCCUUACUUCGACACCGACGUGAACUACUACGAUAUCUCCGUGCCCAAUGCAGCGUCUUUCCCGCCUCCCUGGUACCAGGGCUUCCUGAACCAGCCUCACGUCCAGCAGGACAUGGGCGUUGCGAUCAACUGGACACAGUCGAACAGUGCAGUUUCGACUGCGUUCCGCUCAAUCGGAGACUACGUAAAGCCGGGCUGGAAAGAAGACCUUGCUUACCUCCUGGAAAGCGGAGUCAAGGUCUCGCUCGUCUACGGCGAUCGUGAUUACGCAUGCAACUGGUACGGCGGCGAACUUCUCUCCCAAGCGAUCGAAUUCAGCGGCACCGAAGGCUUCCUGAACGCCGGCUACACCCCCGUUGUCGUUAACAGCACAUACAUUGGCGGACAAGUCCGUCAACACGGCAACCUCUCCUUCACGCGCGUCUACGAAGCAGGCCACGAAGUCCCCGCCUACCAACCCGAAACCGCAUACAAACUCUUCAUGCGCUCGCUCUUCAAUACAGACCUCGCCACCGGCGAAGUGUCUACACUCGAGAACCCCGAUUACUCAACCUCCGGUCCCAAAUCGGUGGCCAACAUUACCAGCGAGAAGGUCGUUGACCCGGGAAGCAUCUGCUAUGUCCUCGACAGCGCGCAGUGCACAAAAGACCAGUGGGAGACGGUAGAGGACGGCACAGCCUUGGUAAAGAACUGGAUCGUGGUCGAUGCCAACUCCAGCUACUUGUUCCCAGACUUGUACAAUGGGACGAAGCCGAAUGGAACGAGCAGUCCCAGUCCGAGUGCGCCACCUGCAUCGAACGCCGCUGCGUCUGUGGUUGGAAGGGUGGGCGUGACUACAAUGAGCGCUGUGCUCGUCACGAUUCUGGGAAGCUUGAUGGUGGUGUAAUGAUGCCUGUAUAUGAUGUCCAUGGUAUAUAUGUGAGCCGCAUUAUAGAUUAUCCGUCACGAAUGAAAUCAUGAAGCUAUUGAAGUACCAUUCAACACCAUUUCCGAGUGCACCUGAUGAUUUGAGGGCUGCUUCCCUUCUCCACCGCCCUGUCCCUCGAGGCAAGACACCACUUCACGAAGAUGUUUUCCCUUGCAUGUCGCGAAACCCCGUCUACCCCAAGAUCCGUCUUCGCCGACUCGUCAGCUCAAAUCUUAAUUCUUCCAUCACAUCCCCAUGCCUCAGAUAAAGGAGAAAAGAAAAGGGAAAAUUGCAAUCGACCCUCAUAAUCUGUCCUCGCUUCCCGCGAUACGCUGGACAGACUUGGAACCGUCUACCUAGACUGGUGAUUCGGAAUGCCGUAAUUUUGAACAUGCAUUCGCCAGCACCACCAAGGUCAACCGAUCAAUUACGCCCCGGUCGCGGCUCAAGGAAAGACAGUCGGCCACGCCUCCACUUUGACCCGAACCCCACAACCAUCGGCUAACUGUGACGCCCUCUAGCAUACGGCCGCCCUAGGGCAACUAGUCUAUUACGACGUCCUGUUGCACACGAAUUAACAUCUCUACUCUACUACUACUUAAGUUCUUAGCUACCUAUUCAACCACAGUGCAACGUUCUAUACAGGACAACAAGUUUCUCCUGCUCCUACCCACGCUCCUGCUAUGUACCACACAGGACAGUAUCAACAGCUAUUAUCCAGCCACGGUCCUUUUUCGUAUACUAGACAAGAAUGCCGUCCCGGCGCCACCCAGUAUCACGCGCAGCCUGUUAAUAACUACAUACCAUCUCAUACUCAGGAUCAGUCGUACGAAGGCAAAUGCCCGGCCCCCAGCA